AUGGUGCGGCCGGCGGGAAACAACCAACACAGCAACCCCUUGGCUUGGCCUUGGCCUUGGCCUUUGUAUUCCCUCGUCAACCUAGAAGCCAUUUCGGCCCUACACCGUCUUGGUGCUCCCGUCUCCCGUUUUACCACGUUGUAUUCUCUAUCGCACAGCGUCCAACGGCCCCCUUGCCAAAAAAGUUCUUUAUCCGGUGUCAUGUUACAAAAAUUCGAGACCCGGUAUUCCCAAUCAUCCGCCUUCCUCACUCUUCCCCUCCAUGGAGGUCCGUGGUUUUGCAAAACACCGCCGAUCUCACUUCCCUCGGCAAUGAAAGAAAACUUGGGGGUCACCAUGUGGUUUUGCUCAUCACUCCAACAAGUCAAUCAAAAUAUGUCGAAUUUUGUGCAGAUCUCCCAUCGGUUUGGGGACGGUGGGUUCUGGAAGCACGUAAUUGGCGCAGUUUGCGAGACCGUCUUUGCAGGGAACCAGACGCAGACAGGACAAGCAGGGUCAAGUUCUUUCGUCAAGCUACGGGACAAGGGGACAAGGGGGUGA